AUGUCUGCUCCAAACUCUCCUGAAAAAAAUUUGAACCUUUUGUCAAACGAAGUUGAUACAAGUACACAACCUAACAAUGAUGAUAGUGUUAACGAUAUAAUCAGCAGUGUUCAGGAUAACGAGCAAAAUGAAGAUCAGAAUGAAUACCAGAAUAAAGACCAGGACCAGUCCUUUCAACUAAAUUUAAAUGACAAUGCUGAAAGCAACUUGGAAAAUCAACAAGAAAACAAAACAUCAUUUGCAAUUGAUUCACAGCCCAACUCACCAAUUCAACCUCCAUUUUCGCCUUAUCUUUCAAUCUCUUCUUCAUCUUCUUCAUCAAACAAAUCAUUUAUUCAGAUAGAUCAAAAUGAUCUAAAGCCAGAUCCUGAUACUUCCAAUAAAUACACUCUCUCAAUUUCUCCCUCUCCUUCUCCUCUUCCAACACCUGCUUUUUUAUCAACAGAUCCAAUUCAAAAUCAGACUACAGAUUUACCCAAUAAAAAGAGAAAAAUUGAUGAAAUUAAUAAUAAUAAUAAUAAUAAUGACACUACUACUAAUAACGAUAACAAUAAUACUGCUACCAUAACUUAUACAAAGACUAUAAAUAUACCUAAGGAAAAUGAAAAUGAAAAUGAAAAUAAUAAAGUUAUUAAUAAUGAGGUUAAUGACUUUAAUGAAAAUAAUACAGAUGAAGAAAAUGAUACUUACGCUUCUGACGACUAUUUAACAAAACACUCAAGCCAAAUUAAAUGGCCUCCAUCUUUUAUAAAUUACUGGCUAGACCUAUUAAAUUUACGAAUUAAACAAAUGAAACUAAAUACAACUCCAGAUGAUUUCAAUUCUACUUUGCAGCUCAUUCAAUUGAAAACAAACGAAAUUGGUUUUAAUAUAAACAACUUAUUUUUGCAUGAAAAUGAACCAAAUGAUAUUAAAAUCCUACAAAAUCUAAUCAACACAUUCUCUCAAAAACCACAUUUCAAAAAUCUAAACUUGGAAAACCUUAAACUUCAAGAUCUAAAUCAACUCCUCUUGGAAUACAACCACGAUCACAAAAUUUGGUUAAAAGUAUAUCAAUUAAAAGGUUUAAAAUACAACACUUCUCUCUACAAAUUCGAAUUGAACCUAGAAUCUUUGGAAAAUGAAUCAACCAUAAAUAAAAAAUUAACCGGCGAAUACAUCGUCAAAUUACAAAGUCUAAUUAAAAUCAAACACAUCUGUUCAAAAAAAACAAGUUUAAUCUAUAAAUUCCACAACCUAAUUUAUACGGAAGUUACAAAAGAUUUUAAAAAUAAAAACAAUAGCAUUAUUACUAAUAGCCAAUCAGCUAAAAAGCAAAAAAUUCAAGAAAAUUCAAACUCAUCUAAUCAACAACCAACCCAAGAUCAAUUGGAUAACAACAAAGAAAAAUUAAGAAACAAAGCAUUAGAAAAGCAAAGAAUCAAAAAAGAAAAACUUGAGAAAGAAAAACUUGAGAAUGAAAAAAUCGAAAGAGAAAGAAUUGAAAAUGAAAAACAAUAUCAACAAACUCAGAGACAAGAAGAAAGAAACAAUGCCAAUCUUAGUACAAAUGACCAAAACUUGAAUCGAAAUGUUGAAGAAUUGGAAGAAAAUGACUCUGAAAGUGAUUUCAGCAAUCAACUAGCUAACAAUACUUAUCAACCAUCUUUAAGAAGAAGAACUCAAAGACAAAACUCAAACAUCCAUUAUGAAGAAAAAGAUCGGGAAAUUGAAGUCAUCGAUAUUGAUAUUGAUGAUGAUGAAUCAAAACCUGUUCAAUACGAACCAAUAUAUUCACCACCUUAUGUUGCGCCUACUAGAGGUAAGACUAGAUCCAAAGCCAGAGGAAAAACUAAAGGUGGCAGAAGUAGAGGAAGAGGAAGACGAACUUAUAUCAAAUAUAGUCGUGAACCCUUUGAAACAGAGGAACCACCAUCAAACAGAGCACAGGAAAAUUUAAAUAAUGGCUAUCAGCCUCAAAGUUAUUCAACAAACGUCCCAAAUACUGAUCCUAAUGAUUAUACGAUUGGAAAUAAAAGCACUGGUAAUUCUAAUUAUAACCAACCAGCCGAUAACAAUUUUAUAAAUGAUUCAAAUGCAAACCAAUAUAAUAAUGAUAAUAUGCAAGCAGCAUCCCCCACUGACAUCCCUAAGCUUACAACCACAAUUCUCGACUCACAAGAGAAUAAAGCUAAUGAUGCUUCAAUCGACAAAAAGGAAUUGCUCACCCAGAUAAUAAAAGAAAGACUCAAAAUGGAAGAAAAAGUUAUCGACGUGUAUCUCGACUUUGUAACGGAUAUAUUCAUCAAUGGUAAAAUCAAUAAAGAGGAAUAUUUGAAAGCUUUCAGAUAUGGAACCAUCUACAAAGAAGUCUCAAGAGACGAAAAAUUAUUAUAUUACAGAAGUUUUGUGAAGCUUUUCCAAAAGAAUGAAUCGGCUGGAGUUAGAUUCCUCCAGUCUUUGUAA